AUGAAGGCCUCUCUUCUCCUGACUCCGGUCCUCUUCUUCGUCUCUGUGAGGGCGCUUUGUGACGGCACGCCGGACGUUUCAUGGCAGCACUAUGAGUCGUGCGACGAUCCCAAUCUGCCCGACUGUAACACACGUUGCCAAAAUAUCGGGUACGGUUGC